AAAAAAGAUACGCAGUGAGAGCUCCCUACAACUAAAAACGAUCUCCGCGUUAGCUUACGCUAGCGUGACCUGCUAGCGUGUCCUGCUAGUGUGUCCCAUUGACAGACGCGUGGCUUUCAGAUGGUGACAUUUAUUAAUAAACGGGGUUGAGUUGAGUCCCAUCCAUUUACAGAGAUGCCAGCUGGUGUUUCUUGGCCUCGGUACCUGAGGAUGCUGGGAUCCAGUCUGCUGGCUAUGUUCGCCGGAGCCCAGGUCGUCCACCAGUACUACUUACCUGACCUGAGUAUUCCAGAGAUCCCACCAAAGCCAGGGGAGCUUCAGACAGAACUACAAGGUUACAGAGUCAGACAAGAAGCUUCUGCUGCGUUUCAGCAGCUUAAAGCAGAGGAGAAGGUGGAGUGAUAGGCUUGUGUUGUGUGGUGGACACUUAAUCAAGGACAUUAAUCAGUGUCCAGUUUUUGCUGUGCUGAAUCUACACAGAGAUGUCGGAGAGGAGCUUUGCCAGGAAAGACUACGGUCUUUCUGAUCUGCAACAAGUUCAGUCCACGUGAUAAAUAUUUGCCACUGUGAACAUGUAGGGAUGCAGAGACAACAUUGAUACCUGAUUCCUGCAUAAUGUAUUAAUGAUGUAUGUAUUCUUGAUAAAGGUAUUUACUAGUA